CACUGUGUGCGGGCAAAACUGCCAAGGAAUAAUGAAACGUCAUCGCCAUUUAAGACGCAAGUAAGAAAGAGAUGCCAGAUAAUUGUUUACGAACUUAGCACGUGUGGUGGUGGGUUGAAGCUGACAAAUUUUACAGUGCGCUUCGGGCAGCACGGCAGGUCAAAACUGGGUCAAAAUCGAGCGAAUAAAGAAGGGUUUUGACAGCAGUUAGUGCGCUUCCAGGUCAAAACCAGGUGAGCUGGUGGAAUAAAAAAAUAAAUAAAUUUGUUAAAAAAAAUUUGCAAGUGUGCAGCAGAAAACGUAAAUUUUCUAUUGUUUUCGUAAAAUGUCAUUGAUUCCGGCAAGUGGAACCGGACGAUUCUGGGCGAGAUCAGCAAAAAUAAUUCGUUUCGCGCGGCAUGGAUGUACCAAUCGACCUUUCUACCAUAUAGUUGUUAUGGAGCGAAGAAAAUGCCAGCACCAGCCGGUGAUAGAACAAGUUGGCACUUAUGAUCCCAUACCAAAUGAACAUAACGAAAAACUCGUCUCGUUUAACUUUGAACGAGUGCGUUACUGGUUAGGAAGCGGUGCUCAUCUCUCCACGCCGGUAGCUGAAUUGUUAGGUAUUUCCGGCUUACUUCCAGUCAACCCCCGUACGUAUAUGACCGCUUGGAGACAACGUCAAAGUAAAGAAACAAUAUUAAACGAAAACGAAACGUCUAAUAGUUCACCGGCUAGUGAACGUAGUAACAGUUGAGGGUGUAAGCAAAUAAAUAGUUUUGAGUGAAUCAGUUGGAAUUAUACAAGUAGAUUUUUUAUCGUAUGAAUAAUCUAACAUUGCGUGUUUGCAAGUC